GUUGCUUUCGAGAUGUUUGAUCUUUUGUUCUUCGUGCUGAUGUCGCACACUGCUUAUGGAGACGUGAGCUAUUCUUUUCCGGAGGAGAUGAAACGCGGAUCUGUGAUUGGAAACAUAGCAAAGGAUCUCGGACUCGAUGUGAACACACUGUCAUCUCGUAAGGCUCGAAUUGAUACUGAAGGUAACAGAAAACAAUACUGUGACAUUAAUUUGAAUACUGGAGAACUGAUCGUAGCGGAGAGAAUCGAUAGAGAGGGACUUUGUGGAAAGAAAGCUUCAUGUGUCAUAAACCAUGAGCUUGUCCUUGAAAACCCUCUAGAACUGCAUCGCUUCAUUCUAAAUAUUGAAGACAUAAAUGAUAAUUCACCACAGUUCACAGAGAGUGUCGUUAAAUUCGAAAUACGAGAAUCAGCAGACAAAGGAUCUCGCUACUUAUUAGAUGAGGCCCAUGAUGCCGAUAUUGCUCGGAAUUCUGUGCAAUCAUAUACACUUCAAGAUAAUGAACACUUUAUUCUUAAUGUACUAACCAGGGAAAAUGGAAGAAAAUAUGGCGAGCUCGUGCUGAAUAAAGAGUUAGACCGUGAGCAGCAGAAAGAGGUAACAUUAAUUCUCACUGCGGUAGACGGCGGGACUCCACCGAGAUCAGGUACUGUAGCCAUACACGUCACUGUGCUGGAUGCUAAUGAUAAUGCUCCAGUAUUUAGUCAGGCCGUUUACAAAGUCAGUCUGCCUGAAAAUGCUCCUGUAGAUACUGUAGUGGUGACAGUGAGCGCUACUGAUGCUGACGAGGGACAAAAUGGAGAAGUCACAUACGAGUUUAUGACUUAUGCAUUUAGUCAUUUAUCCGAAAUUGUCCGGCAAUUGUUUUUCCUUGAUACAGUGUCAGGAGAGAUUAAACUAAAGGGACUCGUGGAUUUUGAGGAGGAGAGUUCAGUCGAACUGCCGAUUCAAGCUAAAGAUGGUCAAGGGCUAGCUAGUCAUUGUACAGUAAUAUUACAUGUUAUUGAUAUCAAUGAUAACCCCCCUAUAAUAGUGAUUAAUUCCCUUAACAGUCCUAUUCCCGAGAAUGCGUUUCCCGGUACAGAGGUUGGCAUCAUUAAUGUGCAGGACAGAGACUCUGAGAAUAACGGACAGGUGCGCUGCUCCAUUCAGCAAAACGUCCCAUUUAAACUCGUCUCCGCAGCACUUACAAUUAUGACGCAUACCUGA